AUGAUUGAUGAUGAGGUAAACUGUCAAUUAACCGUUACCCAGCAACAGCGUGAUGGCGUCAUCGACGCAAAAGCGAAGAAGGACUGGGUACUUUACCAGCGACAAUUCAUCAAGGUAAAGUUUAACUCAUCGUUUCGGCAGGACGAAGUUUGAUAUGUGUGUGUAUGUGGGCCAGUUGUGUGUGUAUGUGUGUGUGUUUGUCUGUGAGCACGAUAACUCAAGAAAUACCAAACAUAUUCACACGAAAUUUUUUUAAUGCAUUUCCCAACGGCUAAGGAAGAACUGAUUAAAAUUUGGUUGAAUUUGGUUAAAAAUUGAACGAGAAAUGAACAAAAGUUUGUCUUGCUUUUCCCGGUCAAUUAAAAAAAAACUCACUGAAUGCGUAAUUAGGACGUGUAUAAUUUAUGCACUCAGUACUAAGACAAUAAUGAGAUGAUAAACCUCAUUAAGCUUCAGCCUUCAUUAUCUAUUGUCUUAGUUGCAUUUCACACGACCGAAAUUCAAUGCGGGCGGAGGUAUAUGCAGUCUCUGAGUGCCCUCUAGUUGUGUUAUGCUUUUGUCGGAGUUUAUGUUAAUUUGUGCACGGUCACGGUGAUUGAGCUCAUUGUCCAAUAGCGAUAUAGGUGAGGUGAGACGUGUAACCACAAUGAAUAAUAUUGAAUGAAGUUGAGACAAAGGAUUUGUGCACGGUGAGGCACAGUUCAACAUCAAACAAAGCUCUUCUACAGGGUGUAUAAAAAAAAAGGAGACCUUUAGAAAUCAAGCAUAUUGUUAAAAUUUGAAUGCCUUUCCAAUUGCACAUAUGCUGAACCGUGGUGCGUGCAAUAUUGAUGCAGUGCAUAUAUUAGAAAAAGGAGACCUUUAGAAAUCAACCAUUGUUAUAAUUUGAAUCCUGGAGCACUUUGCUAAGCCCACGAGUGUGUAACAUGCGAUCUACGUACAGUAUGCAUGACAGAUUUUUCCCAGGAGCAGACAAUCUUUUGUUUAAACGUUAUUUCAAUUUCUAAAGGUCUCCUUUUUCUAAUAUAUGCACCCCAUCAAUAUUUCACGCACUACGGUUCAGCAUAUGUGCAACUGAAAAGGCAUUCAAAUUUUAACAAUAUGCUUGUUUCUAAAAGUCUCCUUUUUUUUAUACACCCUGUAUUUUGUAGCUUUGAAGUUUGCCAGGCUUCCAGACAAUCAUAUCCCGACUGGUUAUAUGCAAUCUCCGAGUGCCCUAUACUUUUUUAAUAUGUUUGGAUUCUCAUAUCAGUUAUAUGCUUUUCCAGGACCCUUGCUCUCCCUCGCCAUGCUUCCACGGCACAUGCGUGGUUAACACGGACAGGAGAAAUGUAACGUGUAAAUGUUUUGAAAAGUACGAAGGAAAAGCUUGCGAAACAAGGAUUUACGGUAAGCCAGAUAUUUCAAAACAAGUCACAAAACAAGUCAUUUAUGGACAAGGAGAGAAGGGCAUUGGGCCAAGCACGGUCGCAUACGCUGGCAUACGGCGAGGCCCGGCGAGACAGAAACAUUUUUUCAAGCAUGCUUAAAAAUUUUGUGCGUAUUCGGACGUAUGGUUUAUACGAUAAGCAUAUAUUCUAAGCACACGCUGAAUACGCUAGAGGUACGCCAGAUGUACGGUACUCAUACGCUGGCAUUUCAAGGGAUUUUUGUAAUUUUGUGCGCAUGAAAAUUAUUUCAUGAAUUUUCAUACGCUUCUUAUGCGUUGCUCUCAUACGCAAUAGUGUGACAGAGCCUUAAUUAACGCUUCAACUUUUCUUUUUCUCUUUUUGCCGAAUCGAUGAUAAGUAGGAUUUUCUGAAACGCGCCCUUUCCACGAUAUAGGGAAUGUUUUCAUUUUAGCGUUUUCCGCUCGAGAAACGUAUCAAAAAAUAAAAAUUGAAUGUAUAGUCACAACCAAGUAGAAAAGUAUAUUCGUUAGUUUUGAGCGCGUGUUACUUAACAUAGAAAAUAUUCUUCUCUUAAUAAGCAUUAUGUUUCUAUUCAGAUGCAAAGCGCAACUACGCGCUAAAUAAACCUACAAAUGCAUCAACUAGAAACGACAGAAGUCAGCGUGCGGUGGAUGGAAACACGAACGUUCAUGGAACUGUAUGUUACGAAACAUGGGAUGAACCGGUUCCACAUUGGUGGGGGGUUAAUUUUGAAGAGGAAAUCCAAGUAGCCCGAGUGGUCAUCACUAAUAGAGGUAAGGUCAGACAGAGUACACACAUAAAAAUCUCAAAACUUGUCAACAAAUUGUGUUGAACUUGUCAACAAGUUGUGUUCGCAACAGAUUCGUAGCAAGCUUGUCAACAAGUUGUAACAAUAUUGUUAUUUUAUCAAGUUGCUACAAGGUUGUCACUCUUGAAAAUAUUUUUUGUCUAAAUUUGGAAAUAUUUUUUCAGGAAUAUUGUCUGGAUCAGUAGGAGUUUUUUUCUCUGAAAUUUUAAAAUAAAAUGCAGACGUGCACAUAUACAUGCAUAAACUAAAACAGCAGAUUAAAUUUUCACCAAGGGUGGUGCUAACUCGAUUUUGAACAACCGGCCCCAGGACAUGACCUCCUCGCAGAAGUAAUUGACAGUAAGAUUUAAUACUAUAAAAAUUAUUAUUUUCAUCAUCAGGUGAUUGUUGUGGAGUCAGAUUGAGUAAUUUCGGAAUAACAAUUGGCAACAGUUUGAAAGAGAAUGGUCUCACAAACACUGCAUGCGGAGAAAACCACCUUGCUGUACCUCAAGGACAAACCAAGACUUUCGCAUGCUCACCACCGAUGAAAGGACAAUACCUAGUGAUACAUUCAUUCCUUACAGAUCAACGAUUGGGAUUUUGUGAGGUUCAAGCUUAUGCUUAUCCAUAA